AUGAUUCCUCUUAUAGACUCAUCUGUUAUCUCCCCAGGCCUUUCCCUGGCCGAUUGGACCACCCUUGGCCUCAUAGAAACGACAAAGCUGCCUGGUUCUGGUUCAUCUCUAUCUGGUUCCAGAGGUUCCCCCAUUUCUAUAGUUAUGCAUCAGAAUUCCGGCACUGGCGUUAUGGCUGGGGGAUUCGGGCUUGGGCUUAGUCUAGGGCUGGACCACUUAUCGACAGGGCGGCCAACUAGCGCCAGCAUCAGCACAAGCACCACAGAGGACGAUCUAAUCCGUGUGGUAGACUCCGUGGCUGCGGCAGAGACGGAAGUCGAUGCAGAUGGAGACCAAUUCACAGACACUGAAACAACGGCUAUAGCUUCUACAGAGACGACAGAGGCAAUCUCAUCUACUCCCGUUCCGAUCGUCAAUCUGACUUUUCCUCCCAACACCCCGCCUUCAGGCCGUGUCUCUUGUUCGCCAAGCUUAAGCCGUCGCCUCUCAUUCACUCCAGUUAUGCGACCAGUUGCUGAUAUUGACUCCACUUCCAUCAACGCCGGCAAUGAUGACUCUAGGACGUGCCGAACUUUCAACUAUUCCUUCAACCCCAAUCCUGUAUGUGGGUCAUCAGGUCAUCAGUCCGAUUUGACUACCUCUUCCAUCAUUUCUGCUGUCACUAGUAUUCGAUGUCCUGAUGGCAGUGACAUUCAUAUUCAUCGUUUCCCUUCGGUACCUGUCGAUCCUCCUAGAUUAUCAGCCGGCCAUCAGCUUUCAUGCCUUGCUUCCGAAAAGAUUGAGAUUGGCGCAUCCGCUGACAUCUCUGAUCAUCUUCAGGCCACCACCACUGAUCUUGAUGACUCGGAGGGUUCUGAAGAUCUCAUAUUUUCCGGAGAGCCUCCAACUCUACUACGUGCAGUUCCCUCACCCUGGAGCACUUCCUCGCAUCAGAGCUGUUGCCUCUCUCCGCAGACGUGUCUCUCAGGCCCCGAAUCACCCUCUACUCAACCUACCUCGCCUCUCUCUUCUCCCCCGCCUCCGCCUCCGCCUGUGCCUCCGCCUCCGUUUCCAUCGCCCCCUCUUCCUAAUCACUCCUCAGCUUACAAUCCCUGCUCGCCUCUGCCUCCUCCAACCUCGUUUUUCUUACCGAAUUCUCCCGGCCUCCUGCCGCCCUCUUUGGACAAAGUGAGUUCAGCUGUCUGUACAAAACUGAUCGACCGGGCUUGCAGUCCUUUGCAUCUGCCUGAGGCCGAAUCCUCUGGCCUGCAUUCGGAAGCCUGUGUUCAAACGGACUGGAACGAAGAGCUGGUGGACAUAAGUAACCUACCAAUCUUUAGUCCUGCUAGCACUCAUUUGGCCUCCCUGGCUUCUUGCUUGUCACAUUUUGGCUUCGGCACAGAUAGCGCCUACUGGACAUCGGAAGCUAAUGCGGACAGAAGUCAAGGCCUUGGUCUGCUAGUGGACGCGGCGACAUGUGUGACCGCCGUACAGGCCGUCGAUGCGGCUGAAGCCGCUCUUGAUCGUCUGCUUUCCAGGCUCCUCGAGCCAGUAGACCUCUGCACAUGCCCGUCAAACCUACUGGAAGAACCUGAAGAAGGCCUUGAUUUGGCAGGUCGGCGAUGUGUUGUGGCAUGGCCUGAUUGGAUUGAAUCUAGAGGAACUCGAGAAUCACUCUAUAAUGCGGACGAGGCAGUGGAGGAGCAGAGGCUGAAGAGAAAAGUGAAGGGAGCACUCGGAAUUGAGAAUGUGGUGGAAGAAGCAGUAUCUUCGCUCGAGGAGGAGGCCAAGCAGCAGACCCGUUAUGAUUGCAACACGAUUCGGCCCGAGACUGAGAGACCCAAUCUAGCCACCAGCAAUAUGCCUAUCUCGCCAGACAACCGGAUUUCUUGGCGCUUACCUCCUCCAGCUCUGUCGCCGGUCUUCAGUCUUCUCAUCAAUCAACCAGAGGGUCGCGUCUUUCCUGGACUGUGUAAACCCAGUGUAGAGGGAUUGGCUUUGCGAGCUCUCUGCAACCAAUUGGCUACAACGAUUGAUAGGACCAAGAGGAAGGUAAGCGUGUGGUUUCAAGUUAGGGAAGGGGAUGAGGCAGGUUAG